AUGUUCUCCUGGUGCUGCUUGGCAAAGCCACCAGCCUCAUUUAAAAUCCUCCCAGACCCCACCAUAAACUUCCUGCUGGUCUCGCGUAGACCGGUCUGUGCCUGGUGCCAGCUCUCCAUAGGCGCUUGGUGCCCGAAUGGCUUCGAGGGUCUGGCCCCAAGCGAUCCGCUCCGUGCAGGAGCCAGGGGCUCAGCUCCAGCAGGCCGGCGCCCUACGCACUGGAGGAGCCGUUCGCUCCAGGUCAGACUACAGACCCAACCAAAGCCACAGCCUGGGCAGUCUCCACUCUAUUCUGGGACCUUUGACUGUUUCAGAAAGACUCUUGUUAAAGAGGGAGUUCGAGGCCUCUAUAAAGGAAUGGCAGCUCCUAUUAUCGGAGUGUCUCCCAUGUUUGCUGUGUGCUUCUUUGGAUUCGGUCUGGGGAAGAAACUCCAGCAGAGGAAACCCGAUGACAUUCUGACUUAUCCUCAGCUGUUUGCUGCUGGCAUGUUAUCUGGAGUGUUCACAACAGCAAUCAUGGCACCGGGAGAAAGGAUCAAGUGCCUUUUGCAGAUCCAAGCUGCAUCAGGUGAAAUUAAGUACAAUGGCCCAGUGGACUGUAUGAAACAGCUAUAUCGCGAGGCUGGAAUUCGAGGCGUGUACAAGGGAACUGUGCUCACUCUCAUGAGAGAUGUUCCAGCCAGUGGAAUGUACUUCAUGACAUACGAAUGGNNNNUCCACUAUGUAAAACCAGACAUGUUUUGUAUUCAAUGUUCCUGCAGUGUCAGUGACCUCAGUGUGCCCCGGGUUCUCUUCGCUGGAGGCAUGGCAGGGAUCUUCAACUGGGCUGUUGCCAUUCCUCCGGAUGUGCUGAAAUCCCGCUUCCAGACUGCUCCUCCAGGAAAAUAUCCCAAUGGCUUCAGAGAUGUGUUGAGGGAGCUUAUCCGAGAGGAAGGUGUGUCCUCCCUGUAUAAAGGGUUCACAGCUGUUAUGAUCAGGGCCUUUCCAGCUAAUGCGGCUUGUUUCCUUGGUUUUGAAGUUGCUAUGAAGUUGCUGAACUGGGUUUUGCCAGGUCUGUGAAAACAAGGAAGUACCUUCUGGGGAUUGCUGAGACAGAAAGAAGAGUGCAGCACUGAGCUGCAUCACUGGAAUAAAAUGAAUAAUGAAUUGAGAAGCUCUAGGAAUUACCACUUUUCUAAUACCUUACCUAAUGCCUUACUUACUUACCCUCAGGACGGUGUGAUAUGUGCCAUUCAGAAACUUAAGCCAUAACUCUGAUGGAGAGAGCUCAAAAAGAGUUGGAGGUGUGAAAACACCUUGCACCUGAGCCAAACAUAUCAUAGCAGUAAUGCUGCUAAUUGACAGCUCUCAUGUUACACUUCUCUUAUGUACUUCCUCAUGGAAGCAGGAGAUAUUUUUAAGUUUUGAUUCUUUGUUUACUGAAGAAACAUUCAGCUGUUGUUGGUGAAAAACUUGAGAUCACAAUUAUUAGCCAAAGUCCACUUAAUUUUCAGGAUCUAGCAUAACACCCAAUUGCACAUGUCAAUAUGAGGCACUAUUUUACAUUGGCUGUAGAUACAGUCUUUUCCUGUUGCCUUGAUGUAUUGAAGCCACAGCUGUUAGCAUGUUGACAGUGGUUUUAAUUUUAUGUACAUGCAAUAGGAGAAUAUAGAACUGAGCAGGCUUGUGUCCAGAAGCUACAAAUUCUGGGUGAUAAUGAGGGAACUAUAAAGCACUGUGAAGGACCUUGCAUUGUGACAACCUUGAACAAAUUCAAGGCUAAAUUGUAGAGCUGAGAGCAAACAUGAAUUAUGCCAAGAUUUCUUGGUUAAACCUGUAGGAAGCAUUCAACAGAGAGAGAUUAUCGGAUCUAACUGCUCCAAAUCCCUUUGGGACUUCAUUCCAUACUGAAGCCAUUCUUGCAGCCUUGGUGUAUUUCAUAUUGCCAAAUGAUGCAUUCUGGGACAUGGUUACAGACCCAAGAAGUACCAAGAUUUCCAAGUGGGAAAUGUGCAGAAUUCCCAUUCUGGUUUGCCUAGCAGGGAUAGUCAGCCACACAGUUGAUGUUUAACUUUUUUACUUCUGCUCCUCAACUCAGCUUGAAGAGAUUUUGUUGAGCACAAUCAAAUUUAGAGCUGAGAAAUGACUGAUAUAAGCAAAGGAAGACACUUUCUAAUUUGUUCUGGUUGUGAUGCAAUGAUCCUGUGUUAAUCAGAACUCAAUAAAGUUUACAACUGCUCAGCUAGAAUGUG